UGCACUAUGACUUGUAGUCCCUCCACUAUGCGUGAAUGGGAGUCUCCAGAUUAUGAACCAACGCUUCCUGUGUCAGAGAAGUCCAAUCCCCUGACGCGUGACAUUGACCGAGCUUCAGCCAAUUGCAUCGUGAGGAUGUUACAGGCCUGUGAUGCCCAGAUGUUUCAAGAAGAGACAGAAGCAACCUACCAGGUACAGAGGCUUUUGAGUGGCCAAGUGGUGAAAACUGUGAUGGAAGUCGCAAAGAGGGUGGAGCUCAUUCUCAAGGAUCCUCAGGACAGCCUUGUUGUACUGAGUGGAUGUGGGACUUCUGGUCGACUGGCUUUCCUCAUGGCGUCAGGCUUCAACAGAGAGCUGAGGAGGCUGAACCAGAGUUUGGUGUAUUCUUACAUCAUUGCAGGAGGAGACAGAGCUCUGCUUUCCUCCCAGGAAGCUCCUGAAGACAGCCCCAAACUGGGCAUGCUCAGUCUGAAGAAGGUCUGUGAGGGAAAGAAGCACGUCUUGUUCAUUGGCAUUUCCUGUGGGUUAUCUGCUCCAUUUGUGGCAGGUCAGCUGGACUUCUGCCUGCAGCACCCUGAGGUCUACACUCCUGUGUUGGUUGGCUUCAACCCCAUAGAUCAAGCCAGGGAUGAGCACAUACCCGGCUGCACAUUCACAUUUCGCAGUGUGGUUCAAAGGAUGCAGGAGCUCGCCAAAAGUCAAGUGGCUUUCCUCAUCAACCCGGCAGUUGGGCCAGAGGCCAUCAGUGGCUCCUCCAGGAUGAAGGGAGGCAGUGCCACUAAGAUUCUCCUGGAACUUGUUUUGUCUGCUGCUCAUGCUGCUACCUUCACAAACACACCCAUCACAUACGAGGGCAUCCUGCAGGACAUGAGAGCAUAUGAGAAAACUCUGGAUAUCACAUACACUCAGAGUGAGGGGAUAACUAGUUUGGUGGAGGCAGCUGGACAGAGUUUGCAGCGUGGAAGGCGUGUGUGUUACCUGGGUUGGGGCUCCCUGGCUGUGCUGGGCCUCAUCGACGCCAGUGAGUGUAACCCCACGUUUGGAGCAGGCUAUGAAGAUGUACGAGGCUUCGUGAGUGGAGGAUACAGAAAACUGGACAACAGUGAGGGCCCCUUGACUUCACUGGGUCCUCAGUUUUGCAUCGCACACGAGGAUUUUCUGCAUUUCAUUCUGCCCUAUCUCAACAACCAGGACACAGUUCUGCUUAUCUACACACACACUGACGAUGUCAGUGAAGUGGCGCAGUUGGCACAUAAAGUGAGAGAAAAGACGUCCAACCUCCAUGCUGUUUAUCAUCACAUUGAUGGACACACUGCAGCUGCUGUACAACAAGAUGUCAUCAAUAAGUUGUGUUUAUCUACACUAAAAAUCACUUGGCCGACACCUGCUUCAGGGAGCUCACUACACAUGCAGUGGGAGCUAUCCACUAAGCUGGUGUUGAACGCUGUAAGCACUGGAGCUCACGUCUUAAAGGGGAAGAUUUACCAGAACCACAUGAUCGACGUGCAGGUCACCAACAGCAAACUCUACCGCAGAGCCACACGUUUACUCCAGAAACUGUCUGGUCAUCCUGAGUCCAAGUGUGAGGAAGCUCUUUUGAAGACUAUCUACAGAGUGGACAAGCUGACACUGGAUGUUACAUCUUCUGACAUCACCACGCACACUCACACUGCCAGCAAAAGGACCAAGGUGGUCCCUCUGGCUUUGGUCUGUCUGCUGACUGGUUGCUCUGUCUCAGAGGCGGAGUCUCAUUUGGAGCAACAGCCAAUCAUAAGGGAAGCUGUGGAGGCAUGGCUCUCAUAAUUGACAUGGCAUGAUGUAAUCGUCAAGUGUUACAUACAGGACAUUCAUGUAUUGAUGUAUUGUAUUCUCCCUCUAUAGAAAGGUCUGACUCAGAUACAUAGAUUUCUAACUGCAGCAGCUUGAAUUUUGUCACUGAGGGGCAGACUCCAACACAUGAAUCAUAAUAACCUGCAAAUGUACUGUCAGAUUGUAUUGUACUCACAACAAACAGUGCAUUGAAAUUGGUGCUUUCAGUUUAAUAUAUGAGAACAUAGUGCAUGCAGUAUAAUCAGGCAAAUACAGUGAUACAAGUUAGA